GGCCGCGCAGGGCCCCGCGCUGCCCGCGCAGGCGGCGGCGACGCAGGCGCAGGAUUUUGAUCCCGUGCAGCGCUUCAGGCUCCUGCUUCCGCAGCUGAAAGAGAGCCUGCAGACCCUGAUGAAAGUGGCGGCUCAGAACCUGGUGCAGAACUCCAACAUCGACAACGGGCAGAAGAGCGCAGACGGGGCCCUACAGCGCUUUGACAAGAGCCUGGAGGAGUUCUACGCCCUGUGCGACCAGCUGGAGCUGUGCCUGCGCCUGGCCCACGAGUGCCUGUCGCAGAGCUUCGACAGCGCCAAGCACGCCCCGGCGCUGGUGCCGGCAGCGCCCAAGGGCGAGGGGGGCGCGGGCCCCGAGAGCCUGCCCUACACGCAGUACCUGCCGCUGAUCAAGGCGCAGAUCGCGGGCGCCAAGGACAUCCACAACGCCCUGCUUGAGGGCACCAACAAGAUCACGGGCAAGCUGCCCCCGCCGGGGGGGCCCUGACGGGGUUUGGGGGGGUCCUGAUGGGGUUUGGGGAGGUCGUGACAGGGUUUAGGGGGACCCUGAUGGGGUCUGGAGGGGUCCUGACAGGAUUUGGGGGGACCGUGAGGGGGUCUGGGGAGCCUGACGGGGUCUGGGGGACCCUGAUGGGGUUUGGUGGGGGUCCUGGUGGGGUUCGGGGAGGUCGUGACAGGGUUUAGGGAUCCGAGACCCCCAGGACACCCCCCCAGAGCACUCCUGGGGGUAGGGGUUGGUUCAGGGGGGUGGGACAGGGAAAUUGGGGCGGGUUUGGGGCCCAGCCCCGCUGUCCUGGUUUUGGGUCUGUUUGGGGGGUUCUGGGAGGCUUGGGGACCCCAAAUCCCAGGGGCGGAGGGAGGUGCGGGGUGUUCCUGGGGGCUGAGCGCGGUCCCAGCGGAGCAUUUUGGUGACGACGCCUCCCUUGGGGAGGGGGAUCAUUGUGUUGGGUGCUGGAUCAGCGGGUUUUUGGGGCGAAACGUGUCAUUUUUGUUAAAUAAAUCUGUGUUUUGUGA